GGGCACAGAGACAUCACCUGAUUUAAUAGUUUUUCGAGAGGGACGCUCAGUAGAAAGCAAAGCUACACAAUGCCCCCUCCCCAGUGCAGUGUAGCUAAUACCAAAAGAAAAGCCUGAGAACUGACUCCUGAAAUCUGUUUCAGGGACACGAAAAGUUGCAAGGAGAACCAAAGUGACAAAUUCCUACAGUACCCCACAGUUCUAUUUCCUGAAUAUGGAAGGUGCCACCACAUGACAUUUAUCUUUGAGGGGAUUGAAAAGAUGUGUUCCAAGUGACCAAUUUAAAAAGACAUUGAUUUAAAAACAUAAAGGUAGUCAUGUGCUGGAGCCAGCUGGUCAGUCAACAAGAGAACAAGGGAGUGAGGAGGAUUGUCGGAAAGGCAGGAAGAAGACGCAAGAUGGGAGGGCUGCGGCCAAUACCAUGCCAGAGAGAAGUGUAUUUUCUGUGGCUUUUAAAAGCAAGCAACACAAGCACAACCACUUCCAGGAAGUGAAACACUAAUGCUUACAUGGUGAUUUUAUAGUACACAGUAUCUAUGUUCCACUAAGGCCAUUUUCUUCAGGCUUGAACAGUCUCUCAAGGAUGUAUGCAUAAGUGGAGGAACUUGGCAGGGUAUAACAUGUCUGUCAGAUUCAUUCAUGAUUAAUCACAAGCAAGAAGUCAGCCAACGUUAACUCCAGAAGUGCUCCCCCCAGUCAUGGAUGGUGGUGAGCAUCUGUAAUUCAAGUACCUGGGAGGCUGAGUCAGGAAGAUUUUAAGUUUAGGGUUAGUUUGGGUCACUUGACAUGGCCCUGUUUCAAAUUUUUUCAAAAUAAUAUUUAGUUCUUACAGUCUACAAGUUAUAGUAUAAAUCCUACGGAUUAUAUCACAGAUUAAAUCUUCUCUCAACCUUUUUUGUAUGUUCUGCAGGGUUGGGGACUAAGUUCAGACACCUUAUUUUUCUCUUGGUAGGCACUCUACUGCUGAGUUACCUACAUAUACCCUGAAUUUCUCUGUGGUUAUCCUAUAAUAGACAUUUUUUACUAUUCUUUCUUUAUUCUACCACCUAAAAUUACUGCUAUUAUCAGUGGAAUAAGUCAGUAUUUCACUACUCACCUAUAUAUAUGUGGACACAAAAGUAAAGACAUUUGGUUAUGCUGUGAAGUGCAGGUUCUGAAGUUAGACAGACUGGCUUCAAAUCCUGGUUUUAUCAUUCACAUAUACACACUCCGAACAGAGUCAACUCAAUACCAGAUAGUAUAACUUAGACCAUGUCUAAAAAAAUAAAAAUAAAAAAGCACCAUGUGUGGUGGUGCACACCUCUAAUAGCCAACACAACGGAGGUGGAGCCAGGCAGACCUGUUCUUUGAGGUCUAUAUAGCAAACGAGAGGUCAGACAGUGACUCGCAGCGAGACUGGGUCAAAUAAGAAAGGGAACAAGUGUCAUCUCUGUGUGUUAUGCACAGGUAUUGGACUAUCCCUUCUCCUGUUCAGUAGACAUUGGACCUCAGGCAAAUUAUGCAUUAGUCCUUUCCCUUUCAGUGGAUAACAAAUGCCAACAGAGAAAGCAAACGUAAUGCUGUACAGUAAACUGUAUCACUGGGCAAUGGAUCUCGCUAUCCAUUUCAGUCACUUGAACCCUCCUUAGAUUCAAUUUAUUUCCUUCAGGCUGUAGAUGCUCAUUUGCAAGCAGUCAGUUCAGAAGGCUCUCCUUCACGCUGGUAAGAUUAAAGUAUUGUCAUGUAUGAGCUUUGAACAUUUACCUGCCACAUCCUCCCCCUUGUGGUCAUAAAGAAUAUUUUUGAAUGGCCUGACAAAACCAUAAGGAAAAUCAAUCACGUGUGUGUGUGUGUGUGUGUGUGUGCGCGUGCGUGCGUGCGUGCGUGCGUGCGUGUGUGUAUCAAUCAUCUGGAUUAAGCUCAGUAGAGGUUUUGCAUAUAACCUUAGGUUCCAUGCUUCAAAUAAAUUUAGUGAAUUUGAGGCAAGUCUGGGAUAUUAAACUAAAUAAGAUAUAUAACACUGGAUUCCAGGGCUCUCACUCUGGCUUUUAAGUAUGUGGAAUAAGAAGAAAAGCAAAUACUUACCUUUGUUGUUGUUGUUGCUUCAGGACUUUUAGACAAAGUCUUGCUAUCUUAGAGACCCAUUCAUUCUGGAACUCACUAUAUAGUCAUGGCUGGCCUCAAGCUUUUGGCUAUGCUAGGCCAACUUAAUCUUUUUAAAAUAAGAUCUUGCUGUGUAGCCCAGGCUGUCCUUGAACUCCUACUUCAGUCUCAGAGACAAAUGGCACACCAGUUUACAUGAAUACACUGGCUUCAAUUAUCUUCACCUGCCUUCCUUACUUCUUGUUAUAGUCAAUGUAAGGUGCAACGGUUUCAACUUUUGUUUUAGUGUUUAGUAUCUGUCAUUCCUCUUGAUGUUCUUUCUUCAAGAAACUGUGGCAGAAUAACUGUUUUCAGGGGGUCAACAAUCUAACUUUGGCCUUGGCAAUGUAGUUUCUUAGGUAAUUUCUUCAAGUGCUAGAUCAGUAAGGAUAUAAUGACAAGUGUAAUUUGAUGAAGAGAGGCGAGAGGUUCCUUUUUGAUUUGAGACUCCUAUGUAGCCUGUUACUGGUAAUAUAGCCCAGGCUGGUCUAGAACUUAAAAUGUUCCUCCUGAAAGCUGGGAUGAAGUUUGUGCCACUAAACCUGAUUUAAGGGAUGAUGAGUAUGGACUCAUGGCCUAGUACCUUCUAGGCUAGCACACUUAACAACUCAGAUACAAUUCUAGUCCUUUUACUUUUUGAGACAGUCUUACUAUGUAGCUAUGUUAAAAUCAGACCCUCCACAUGUCUGAUAGAACACAAGCAUUUAUCACACGAGGACAUUUUUUUUUUUCGGAGCUGGGAACCGAACCCAGGGCCUUUAGCUCUACCACUGAGCUAAAUCCCCAACCCCACACAAGGACAUUUUUAAAAAUGUAUGUAAUUGUAAUGUCUGUCCUAACUUAAUUUUAUUAACCCUUUUUGAAACAGGUUCACCGUCUCUUAGUGUCAUCAAGCUGCUUUCCAACUAAUUAUAUCACCAAAGGUGACCUUGUAUUUCUGAUUCUACUUCCUCCCAAGUGCUGGAGGCUUACAGCACCAUUCCCAGCUAUCUUUCCUUCCCUUCUUUUCAUAAUGUAAACUGUAUUUUAUCUCCUAAUUUCACCACUUUCUUCAUUACUUGUUACAGUGAUGACUACUUUCACUUCUUUUUCUUUGAGAUAGUCUCAUGUAGCCCAUUGGCCUGGAACGAGUGAUGAAAUCAAAGAUGGCCGCUGGAAUCACAGAACUGUACAACCACUUCCUACCCAACUAUUUUCUAUUUAUAUCAAACUGCUUACCUCCAAAACCAAGUUCUAUUUCACUGUCUUUGAAUCACUGAACUGUUUUUACCACCAUCGAGAAAAACUUGACACAACAUUUGUUCAGGUUUUGUCCCUGAAAGUCUCUGGACAGACACACCUCACAUCUGUAAUCCAGGCAUUCGAAAGGGUCAGCCUUGAGUUUGAGGACAACAAAAGCUACAAAACCACCACAUAGCUAAGGCUAGUAAAACACUGGGGUUGGGUGGGGUGGUGCAGCCUUUAAUUCCAGCACUCCGGGGAUAGACUGGCGGGGGAUCAAGGCCAGCCCGGUCUAUAUAGCUAGUUCUGUGACAGCCAGGGCCAUAUAGAGAGACUCUCCCCAUGCCCAGCCAUUUACACCCCGUCUGAAACCUUGUCUUAAAAAAAAAAAAAAAAGUCACAGUAUAACUAACACCUGGCAAGUGCAAGGUUUGAAAAAGAGUCGCCUCUGGCCCAGCAAACCUUAAGAGCUCACGUAAGAGCCCUCAUCCUUCUCAAGACAGUCUUUUUUUUUUUUAAGAUUUAUUUAUUUUGUGCAUGUGAGUACACUGUAGCUGUCUUCAGACAUACCAGAAGAGGACAUCAGAUCCCAUAAGACCGCGCAUAUACAGGUGUGCAUACUUGAAGCUAUGAAUAAACGGUGAGAACAAAGGUCCCCUUAUCAACGCCUGAGGACAAGAUGGCGCCCGCUGCAAGUAGCGGCCUCGGGAAAAACUCCCACGCGCCUACCAGUGAGCGCGCGAGCUCGCGCCCCCGGUACUCUCCAGUAAAUUCGCGUGCACUGGAGUAUCCAAUAAACGCUACAGUUAAGUCCUAACCCGUUUCCUCCACGCCCCUUACACAUGCGCUACAGGGCUUCAUCCGGAGCCGACGACGCAGGCGCAGGAGGCCCCUCCUUCUGCGCAACUGACGCAAGGAGACUGUAAUCGCCCCAGAAGCCGUGAUGAAAGAACGGAAAUUUUCAACGAUCAUUCUGAGGAGCGUGCUCGCGGCGUGCGCCGAUUCCGGGAGCAGCAAACAGGAAGUUUCUGGUCAGGCACUACGCUAGGUGCCUCAGCAGAACAGCGGGCUUCAUUGCUGCAGCGGCCAGCCCCCGCCCCCCCACCCCACGUGGUUGGAGGGUUCCAGAAGCGUAGCCACCGCCGUGCACGCAGCUCCGGGUCUGUGGGGUGUUUGUUCUUGCCCUCGUAGCCCUCUGUCCAGCCGCCAUGAUAAGCGCCAGCAGAGCCGCGGCCGCGCGUCUCGUGGGCACCACAGCGUCCCGGAGUCCCGCCGCCGCCCGUCACCAGGAUGGCUGGAAUGGCCUUAGUCAUGAGGCUUUUAGAUUUGUUUCAAGAAGGGAUUAUGCGUCAGAAGCAAUCAAGGGUGCAGUUGUUGGAAUUGAUUUGGGUACUACUAACUCCUGUGUGGCUGUUAUGGAGGGCAAACAAGCCAAGGUCCUGGAGAACGCCGAAGGUGCCAGAACUACCCCUUCUGUGGUUGCCUUUACACCAGAUGGGGAGCGACUUGUUGGUAUGCCAGCAAAACGACAAGCUGUCACCAACCCAAACAAUACUUUCUAUGCUACAAAGCGUCUUAUUGGACGACGAUAUGAUGACCCUGAAGUACAGAAAGACACUAAGAAUGUUCCCUUUAAAAUUGUCCGUGCCUCCAAUGGUGAUGCCUGGGUGGAGGCUCAUGGAAAACUCUAUUCUCCGAGUCAGAUUGGAGCGUUUGUGUUGAUGAAGAUGAAAGAGACUGCAGAAAAUUACUUGGGCCAUACAGCAAAAAAUGCUGUGAUCACAGUCCCUGCUUAUUUCAAUGACUCACAGCGACAGGCCACUAAGGAUGCUGGCCAGAUAUCUGGGCUAAAUGUGCUCCGAGUGAUCAACGAGCCUACAGCUGCAGCUCUGGCUUACGGUCUGGACAAAUCCGAAGACAAAGUCAUUGCUGUAUAUGAUUUAGGUGGAGGAACCUUUGACAUUUCUAUCCUGGAAAUUCAGAAAGGAGUGUUUGAGGUGAAAUCCACCAAUGGGGACACUUUCUUAGGAGGUGAAGACUUUGACCAAGCUUUGUUACGGCACAUUGUCAAGGAGUUCAAGAGGGAGACAGGGGUUGAUUUGACCAAAGACAACAUGGCACUUCAGAGGGUUCGGGAAGCUGCUGAGAAGGCUAAAUGUGAGCUCUCCUCAUCUGUACAGACUGACAUCAACUUGCCAUACCUUACAAUGGAUGCUUCUGGACCAAAGCAUUUGAAUAUGAAGUUGACUCGAGCUCAGUUUGAAGGCAUUGUCACAGAUCUAAUCAAGAGAACUAUUGCUCCGUGUCAGAAAGCUAUGCAGGAUGCAGAAGUCAGCAAGAGUGACAUAGGAGAAGUGAUCCUGGUUGGUGGCAUGACGAGGAUGCCCAAGGUUCAGCAGACUGUGCAAGAUCUUUUUGGCAGAGCCCCAAGUAAAGCUGUUAAUCCUGAUGAGGCUGUAGCCAUUGGAGCUGCCAUUCAAGGAGGUGUGUUGGCUGGUGAUGUUACAGAUGUGCUACUCUUGGAUGUCACUCCCCUCUCUCUAGGUAUUGAGACACUUGGAGGUGUCUUUACCAAGCUUAUUAAUAGGAACACCACUAUUCCAACCAAAAAGAGCCAGGUAUUUUCUACUGCUGCUGAUGGACAAACUCAAGUAGAGAUUAAAGUGUGUCAGGGGGAAAGAGAGAUGGCCGGAGACAACAAACUUCUAGGACAGUUCACUUUGAUUGGAAUUCCCCCAGCCCCUCGUGGAGUGCCUCAGAUUGAAGUUACAUUUGACAUUGAUGCCAAUGGGAUUGUGCACGUUUCUGCCAAAGAUAAAGGGACAGGACGUGAGCAACAGAUUGUAAUCCAGUCUUCUGGUGGAUUAAGCAAAGAUGAUAUUGAAAACAUGGUUAAAAAUGCAGAGAAGUACGCUGAAGAAGACCGGAGGAAGAAGGAACGUGUUGAAGCAGUUAAUAUGGCUGAAGGAAUUAUUCAUGACACAGAAACCAAGAUGGAAGAAUUCAAGGACCAGUUGCCUGCUGACGAGUGCAACAAGCUAAAGGAAGAGAUUUCCAAAAUGAGAGAACUCCUUGCUCGAAAGGACAGUGAAACAGGAGAAAACAUUAGGCAGGCGGCAUCUUCCCUUCAGCAGGCAUCAUUGAAACUCUUUGAAAUGGCAUAUAAAAAGAUGGCAUCUGAACGGGAAGGUUCUGGAAGUUCUAGCACUGGGGAACAGAAGGAAGAUCAGAAGGAAGAGAAACAGUAAUAGUGGCAGUGCAUUGUGGAGCCAGGACGACAUACUAUGAAGCUUGGGAGUAAAGGAACUUCCUGAGCAGAAAAGGGGCAAACUUCAGUCUUUUUACUGUAUUUUUGCAGUAUUCUAUAUAUAAUUUCCUUAAUAUAUAAAUCCAGUGACAAUAGCUAUAACUCAUUUAAUGGUAAUAAAGUCAGCAAUAGCAGGUUCACACUUCUAUAACUAGCCUGCUGUUUUCAGCUGCACGUAAAGGGGUGGGAUGGGGCUGCGUACCAAUCAUUAUUAGGUAAAUCUGGUUUGUGCUGAAGUAGCUAUGUUUUCAAGAUGGAAGCCCAUUUCACAUGCAGUAGAGGUAAUCUGUCAUGGACCUUGAAUUGAGGUCAUAUGCAGAUGCUUGUUGACCAAGAGCACUGCUAUAAAUGACCUGUGUGUACAUUUGCUCCUUCAACUGAUGCCUUGCAAGACUAAGCUCUCUGUGUCAUGGUCUAUAGGUACAGAAGUUAGGUCAAUGGAUAACAGCUGUGUUAGCCAUAGCUUAAAGUGAUCUAUCAAGAAUUAUACAAGCCUCUCAUGGGCCUAAGGCAUACUUCUCCAGCUACCCUCUUGGGUGGCCAAUGUCUGACAUCUAUAUUCUUGAUGAUUGUUCCUUUUUCAUCCAUUCUGGAUUUUUUUUUUUUUUAAUAAAAUUCUGAAAGCCUCUUGAUCUCCUUUGUGAAUGGUAGUAGCUCAAGGACUAUGACUGUACCAUCAGGUUUGUGAGUAGAGGUAAAAAAUCAACACUGGCUAAAAGGUUGAACAAAUUAAACAUGGUGAGGGACUAAAUAACAUGUUGGCAUGUAUGCUGGAUGUGGAAGCCCACUCAGGAAGCAGUGUGAAGCCAGGCGGGGCUACACAAUGAGACACCCCGUCUUAAUAAAAUACUGGCAUAAACGAA